AUGGCAGCCGCGGCGGUUCAACAGAUCACCACAAACGUUGGGCUCGGGUCUGCCGACCAAGGCAAGCUGCAAACCCAGCUCGGCAGCGCACCCAAGCCGACAUCUCUGAAGCCUCAUGACGUCAACACGAUCUUGAAUUAUUACAAAGAGAACGAGGACGGGUCUCCGCCCCACCCUACCUAUGUUGACAGGCCGGAGACAUAUGAUCGGCCAGUAGAGAGCCACUCUGUCACUGUCCGCGAUGUCAAUGGACACCAGGACGAAUACUCUCUCGACGGCAAUGGGUUCCAGUUCCACAGCCACACUGCCAACGAGAAAGAUUUCCUGGAUGACGAGCAGAUCAAGCAAGGCUACUACAAGGAGACCGAGCAGCUGCUCAAGGACGUAACCGGCGCAACACGUGUCUUCAUAUUUGACCACACCAUCCGCCGCCAGCUGCCCUCCGACGGCAACGCCCAGGCCGCCCGCCGGGGCCCAGUCCAGCGCGUGCACAUAGACCAGUCCUACUCGGCCUCGCUCUCGCGGGUCCCGCACCACCUCCCAGGCGAGGCGGACCAGCUGCUCAAGGGCCGGGUGCAGAUCAUCAACGUGUGGCGGCCCAUCUCGACCGUCCUCCGGGACCCCCUCGCCGUCGCGGACGCGCACUCCGUCCCGGACUCGGACCUCGUCCCCACGGGCCUGAUCUACACCAAGCCCAAGCCCCGGAGGGGCGAGACGCUGCAGGUCAGGCACAACGACGCGCACCGCUGGUAUUAUAAGAGCGGCCUGACGCCGGAGGAGGUGCUGCUGAUCAAGUGCUUUGAUACCAAGACGGAUGGGCGGGCGAGGCGGGUCCCGCACACGGCGUUUGUGGACCCGGACACUGACCGGGAGGACGUGCCGACCCGGGAGAGCAUCGAGGUUAGGGCAUUGGUGUUCCAUGAGAAUGACACGGCCUAA